AUGGUGAUGGACAGUCAGAUACAGCUUAUUAAAGUUGAAGAAACAAAUCCUACACAACUCGUAUCGUAUGGGAAUGCAGUGCUGAACAAGACUGAGAAACUGGUGUCCACACUGGUGACGCCAACAGAGACCAGCUACAAUCUCAGCAUUACUCGCGAUGGCUUAGAUCUUAAGGUUUUUGCAGUUGGACCAAAAGCUUUAAUGAAAGAAAUUCCUCAGCUCAGUCUGAACAGCACUCAGAUGGAAAUCGACCUCAUUCAGAUUUCAGAGAAUAAUAACGGAUCUGCUGCUGUGGCCUUCAUGAGUUACAGUAACAUGGAAAACAUGCUGAAGCCCAGUUUCUUCAACAUAACUGAUCAAUACACGGUGAAAACCAUGAUGUCCACUGUGGUGUCGGCUACGCUGCCCAAAACCAACGACACGCGACUCACCAAACCAGUUAACUUCACCAUGAAACACAUUAAAGAAACUGAUCCUAAUGGUACUCUCUCCUGUGUGUACUGGAACAACACUGAAUGGGUUGUAGAUGGUUGUUAUCUUGUCCAGACCAACAGUACUCACACCGUGUGCUCCUGUGUUCACCUGUCUACCUUCGCUCUCAUCAUGCAGACCAAACCCUCAGCAGAAACAAGUAAUCUGGAUCUGCUCAACACUGUACUGGUAUCAGUGGGGCUGGUGUUCCUCAGCUUGACUCUGUUGACCUUCGCUGUUUGUCGUCGACACCUGAGGAUGAACAACACUCCCAGAAUAAACCUGUGUAUCAGUCUUCUGCUGGCUCACCUGAUCUUCCUCCUCACUCAGAAAUUCAUACACUACAUCCAGCCAUUAGAGAUGCUCUGUGCAGUGUUAGCAGGAGUUCUGCACUUCCUCUUCCUCUCUGCUUUUGUGUGGAUGUUGAUUGAAGCCGUGCUGCUCUUCAUCUCAGUGAAGAACCUCACCAAGAUCAGAUCCAAGCAGAAGGAGGUGCUCGGCUGGAAAUGGCUGAUUAUAAUUGGAUACGUUAUUCCGCUGGUUGUGGUGGGCGUGUCUGUUGGACUGUUUCCUGGUGGAUAUGGCAGUGAACAGUGCUGGAUUAAGACGGAGAGGGACUUCGUGUGGAGUUUUUUGGGUCCUGUGUGUGCGAUCCUGACAAUUAAUAGUAUCAUCUUCAUCGCCGCCAUCUUCACUCUGAGAUCAGCCCUGGCCAGACUGAACCGUGACUAUUCCCAGAUCAAGCAAAUCAAGAUUCUUGUCUUUAAAAUCCUGGUGCAGAGUGCCAUCCUCGGCUGCCCCUGGAUUCUGGGUUUCUUUAUAAACGACAGUCAGGUGUUGGAGAUGGUCUUCAUCUUCCUCAACUCCCAGCAGGGAACCUUCAUCUUCCUGGUCUACUGUGUCCUCAACCAAGAGGUCAGGCAGCAGUACAGGAAGUGGAUGAGUUCCUGCUUUGUCUCCAAGCGAUGAACUACAUCAAUCAACCAACCAGAAGAUACUGAAGAAACUUCAUAUUUCAUAUAUAUAACUUCAUAUAUUCAGCAAAUGUGAGACGGGUGGUUGUGUUGUUCUUUGUCAGCAGUGUUUUUUUAUCUCUUUCUUAUUAUUGAAUCAUUAACGCUGAUCUUAACUGAGGCGAGUGAGAUCCUGCAGUUCUUUAAAUGUUGUUCUGGGUUCUUUCUGGACCUCCUGGAUGAGUUGUUCAUGCCCUU